UUUCAGAAUGGCGAAGGAGCACGGAGCGAUGCGAUCGGUUCUGAAUCUUAUCGGAUCUGUGAUGCUCCCACAGGACACUUCAAAUUGCUCGGAUCGGCAUGACACACCGUCCGCGCCAGAAUUUUUAAGCCAUCUCCAACCAUUUCAAACAGUGCUCCUCUCGAUCGCCUCAUUCUCAACAACCAUUGUACUUUGCCUAUCGCUAAUUCACUGGUUUUACGUGUACAAGUACGUGUCAAUAGAGAAACGACGGAACAAACUCUACUGGCUGAUCGCCGUGUUUCCGGUAGCAUGCUCGUGCUCCUUCAUUGCUAUGUGCGUUCCGAGGACAGCCGUCAUUCUGACAUGCAUCGGUGUCCUGUACUAUCUCAUGUGCCUGUUCGUCAUCGUGUCACUUGCACGUCAUCUAUUCGGCGGCCGAGAAUCGUUUUCCACGUGCCUUCAGUACGACGACAGGCCGAUCGACUUCAGAUCACCGCCGUUUUGCUGUAUUAUUCCGAAACUACCGACUGCGAGGUCUACAGAAAAGAACAUCCGACGACUGGAAUGGUGCGUGCUCCAGGCUCCGAUCGUCCGAUCCAUCAUCAUCUUCCUAGACGUGGUAGCCGUCGCUGAAAUGCGAGAGGACGCUACUCCAUACAUUAGAUACUCGGAUAUGGCAUCACUUUGCUCACUGCUGCUUGCGAUCUUCGGAGUACACACAUUGGCGAGGGUUACUUCGAACAAGCUCUCCGCCUACUGCUUCAUGUCAAUGUUCCGGCUCGUGGAUAUAUCGCUGCUCUUCUUCUCCGCACAACAGCCGAUGAUCUUCCAGAACGUGUUGCUCAGAUUUAAUUUGAUAUCCUGCGGACCGCUACUAAAUGCUCAAGAGAAUGCUUAUUUCGUCUGCAACUUCAUAAUCACCUGCGAAAUGCUUCUGCUCAGUGUGCUCGCCACGUGGCUUUUGGCUCCACGUCACAAUGCGAUGUUCGACGCCUAUCGUCCGUCUAUGGCACUUUCGGAGACAACAGCGUCUCUUAAUGAAACAGAGCAAUCUAUGAUUCUGGAUCACUGAUUUUUUAAUUGAAUUAUUUUAUUUUUUAGACAGAAAUUUUAGAUUUUGAUUCACUUUUUUUAAAUAUUGAUCUCAUUUUGCACUGAUCUCCAGCCGAUCUAGUCGUCGCUCACCUUCACUUCCUGUGCAUAUUACUUAUGAUUUUCCCUGUGAUUUUUUGUUGCUUUCUUUGUAUUUUUUGAAAUUGCAAAGUAAAAAAAAAUGAGUAAAAUAAAAUGGUUUUAUGCUC